CUAGAAACCUUAGGUGAAGCCAAUACUUACCUUUUCCUCUUUACACCCAGUCUGCUAAAUCUUAUGGUGCCAAUAUUUGGAGCCAUUAUGUAAUUGAUCAUUUGCAUCAAUCUAAAAGUCAUUUGACUAAAUAUUUCCUUAUCCUGAUUACAUAACAAAAAUCUGUAUAAGACGACAGAUUUAGGAGUUUAUAUAACUCAUAAACCCUUUUCUGGGUAUUUUUUUUUUUUGAGUGUGUAUUACUAGCAAACUUUUUCCCACUUGUUGCUUAGCAACUGCCAUCGAUGGGAAGUGUUUGCAUUCUAGUAAGACAUUCCAGUUAGGAUCUUGGUGGUCAUACACCCCUUGCCACCAGAAGGAAAUUAAUAUUUAAUCAUGCAAAGAACUUGAAAAGCUGUCAUCAAGAAGGGACCAUCUGUAGGUAUGGCAGACUUUUUUUUCUUGGCUCCAGAAAUAGUUCUACCCUUUAGCCCACUUAAUGCUGAACAUUUCAACAAGAUUAGAAUGCAGGCUGAAAAAACCUGGAAGAAUGAAAUUCAGUGGUCGGAUAACUCUCCAACAACAUAUCGGGCCCAUUUUCGGAGCAAAACAGUGGAUGAUCCCCCACGUAUCCAACCGUACUCUGAAACAAGACUAAACAACCCUCAUCCACAUGAGUUGUUUCUAGUAAACAAAGUUCAUUAUCUUCCUGGAUAUUACAACUCUAGGCCUCCAGAACAUGAAAAGCCUAAAGCAACCUGUACGGAUAUUACUCGUUUCUUUAAAGAUUCAAUGCAUGUUAAUCACCGGGUGAUGCACCAGGUUGUGCAUCCUGAUGUUUGUAUCACCGCAACACAGAAAAAUUUUGAUACCCGAUCAAAAUCAGCAAAAUAUGGAACCAUGAGAAGCUCAGCUCCAAAAAGGAGGAUCAUUUCAAGUCAAGGAGGAGUAGCCCAUAAAUGGUCCUCCAGUUCACAGAGUUCGGGAGACAAGAUCUAGAAAUAACCGGAGUCCAGGGUGGACAUGAAGAAAGCUGUGUACUAAGAAGAAUGUAGGACUUAUUGGCUCCAUUUUAACUUGAGUCCAAUAUAAGAUAUCUUACUGCA